GUUUUUUUUAUUGCUCUGAACAGUGCUAGUUUGAGCCUCCGGGGGCUGGCUUGUUUUUUUUUUCUUUUUUUGACUGCUGCUGCAGGUUGAUGGAACCGUGAUUGUUGGUUCACCGGCUCUCCCACCAUUCAAGUUCUUCUGCAGUGCAAAUUUCAUUUCCGACCCCUGCUUAGUUUUCCUGAAACUGGACGCCGGCUCUCAUGAAUAAACCAUCCAAUGUGGUGCAGUCGGCUGAUCAACCCGGAGUCCUAUCGGCUGUAUAAGUGGUGAAAGGCGAAAUAAUCUCCCCAGAACAACAUCUGAACCGAGAUUGAAAGACGCACGGGAGCAAAAGCGCGCGCAGCAGCUGGACCGGACCCGUCGGAGCAGGAUGAUAAAGCCGCAGCAGCACGUGGAGCUGCCGGUGUUCGGGAAGCCGUGGUACUGGCAGCGCCGCGGCAGCACCAUGGAGAGCGCCCGCAGCCUGGCGCACGUCAUCAUGGAGAUGCGCGACGAAAUCAAGAAGCUGGAGGCGGAGAACCGGGAGCUGCGCGGAGACCCGCCGGCCUCGGCGGCGGAGGCGGGCGGCUUGUCCCCGGCGACGGGAAGGGAGGAAAACCCGUAUCUGAACCUCAGGCGGAAUGCGUCCGCGCCGGUCCUGGAGCAACGACACAACGAGAACGCCACCAUGACCGUCCGGAGGUACUCGAUCAGCGCCAGCGCGUCCGCGGUGGCCGUGAGAGAGACGCGGAGCGAGCGGCCCGAGAGGGGCGACUCUGGCUGGGCACGACUACAGGGAGAGACCCAGCACGGGAACGGCACCUUUGGCACCGCCGCUGAGGGGGAGGUGGGGAAACGGAGCAACCGGCGCUCUCUGCAGGACUACGUGCACAAAAACAGGGCCAAGGUGAAGACGGUCACGUUCCUUCUGCCCGUGGACGACAUCUACACCAGCCGACCCGUCCUGACCAAGCACCAGGAGGAGUCUGAAUUCCACCAGCUGACCUCUGUGACGGAGACAGACUCUUGAGGGAGACGCCUUUAGGUUCUGGACGCGACCCGAGCCGCUGCGGCCUGAACCCGGCUUCUUUCCUCACCCGGGUCAGCGUGGACGGGCCCUUCAAGGAGCGGGAGACUGAUUUCAUCACACCUGACCACACAAACAGAAGCCUCUGGUUACUGGUGUGCUUUUCACCAGGCCACGGCGAUCCGGGCCCGGGUCGGCGCCGAUGAGACAUGGGGUCCGUGAGGAUCAGGUGUCCGGGCUGCUCACGUAACCUGGGGUGUCGCCUACUGGUGACAGUCCUUUAACAGACACAGUGGUCAGUGACUCAGACAGUAUGAGCAGCAUCGGACCCAUUACUUAUUCAUCCUUGUUAUUUAUCCAUCUUAAACUGUUGUGGAGUCAUCAAGGGAUCGUGUGUGUUUAAGCACCUGACUCCUUGAAAAUAAACCGCUGUUGAUACAAUCAAUCUUCUUUACCAGUCUUUAUAAGCUAUUUCUGUGGCAUUUGCACUGUUAUGUAUUGUUAAGACAUAUCUAAAGAGACAUAUGUGUUGCUGAUAAUAUGUUAUCAGCAACACAUAUACCUCCUAUCUUUAUCAAAUAUGUUAUGACGCUGAACCCACAGCUGCAGUUUGUGUUGAAAACAAUUCUCACACUAGUAAAUUAUAGCUUCUUCAAUUCGCUGCAUUAACAUUUCAUGGUGCUUUAACAAAUACAUCAGUCAAAAUGUUUGUGCAUAUUACACACAAAAUGAACUUGAUAGGUUUUCUAAGAGAAAGCAGUGUAAACAUAGUUUAUUGGGAUUAUGUGGGACAGAUACUGUACAUGAGCUGCAAGCUGACAAAGUGUAUCACCAUUUUAACCCUUUACUCUCCUGCUGUGUUUGCUACAGCACAUUUACAUGAUGACCUAUUUAUUGAGUAAAAUACUAACAAGGCAUUGAAGUAACUACUGCAAAUUUGAAAUAGCUCAUGUAUCCACUCUUAGGGGUGAACAGACUGUAACACUCCACAAUUUGUACUAAAUGUUUUCUUUUACUGUUACUCAAUAACUGCUGCUGUUGUCUAAAUGAUGUCAUUCAUGGCUAUUGGUUACUGUUUAGGAACGUGUGAGGUAAAUACACUGCAUCUUAACGAAUGAAUCAUUUAUAGCCAAUCAGCCUUUCAGCGAGUCAUUAGAAGUUCAUGAGAUAACAGAGAAGCUGGUGUGGGUGUUUGAUUGUUGGUUUCCACGGCAGCAUGAUCCUCACUGUCCACGUCCCCAUUGCCUAAUCCACAUUACAUCACAUGUCAAAGAUGUGGCUUUGUGUAUCAGCAGACUUAGAUGGACAGGCGACGUCCAAGGCUCAUCAUGCCUCCUGCCCACAUGACCGCUGGAAUAGGUUCAAGUCUGGAAUUAGUUUGAGAUGACAUCUGCUACCAAACAGUACAGACUAGAAGGAGGUUAGAUUAAAACGCAGUGUUGCAUCAAGGCUGGUUAUCAAUGUUUG